AUGAUUCAGCAUCCCGAAAGCAGUCACAUUGACCCUCCAGAGAUAGGUCUAAAAGAAGAACAUGCCUACUGUUCCCACGUGGAAGCAGAACCAUAUGGAAAACUAUGGUACAAUGACAUCAAGUUGUAUUUGGAAGAGCAAGAGUAUCCCGAAGGUAUCACAAAUAGCCAAAAGAAAAUCAUCCGAAGAAUGGCCAACGGUUUCUUCCCGAAUAAGGAAAUACUGUACAAACGGACGCCGGAUUUGGGUUUGCUCCGAUGUGUGGAUGUCGUUGAAGCCACAAAACUCCUGGAAGAAAAAUGCCAUCAAUGUCAAAUCCAUGGAGAUUUAAUCAAUGUUCCGCCAAGUGAACUCAGCACCAUGAGCUCACCCUGGUCAUUCGUUGCUUGGGUUAUGGAUGUCAUUAGACCUAUCGAGCCUGCCGCUUCAAAUGGGCAUCUAUUCAUUUUGGUUGCCAUUGACUACUUCACCGAAUGGGUGGAAGCCACCUCGCACAAAUUAGUGACAAAGAAGAAGCAGUUCAAAAUCACUCAUCGGAACUCAAUGGCCUAUCGGCCACAAAUGAAUGGAGCGGUAGAAGCGGCCAAUAAGAAUAUCAAAAGGAUAUUGAGAAAGAUGACAAACAAUUGCAAGGGUUGGCACGAACAACUGCCACAUGCUCUAUUAGGAUAUCGUACCACAGCUCGAGCUUCGAUAGAAAAAACUCCUUACCUGCUUGUUUAUAGUACCGAAGCAGUCAUACCUAUUGAGGUUGAGAUACCAUUACUGAUAAUCAUUCAAGAAGUGGAAUUGGACAAUGCAAAAUGGGUCCGAGCUCGAUAUGAGCAACUGGCUUUAAUUGAUGAAAAGAGGAUGAUUGCCGUAUGCCAUGGUCAACUGUACCGACAAAGGAUGGCGCGAGCCUUCAACAAACGAGUCAGAGCUCGACUUUUUCAAAUAAGACAAAUGGUACUCAAGAGAAUAUUCCCGCACCAGGACGAGUACAAAGGGAAGUUUGCUCCUAAUUGGCAAGGCUCCUGUGUGGUCCGCAAAGUACUCUCCGGAAGAGCAGUGGUGCUAGCAGAAAUGGACGGGCAAGAGUGGCCCAAGCCAAUCAACUCAGACGCAAUCAAGCGAUACUACACAUGA